AGCCAUGGCCAUUCCAACAGAAACCACAAUCCGUCGUUUUAUAGGGCACACAUUACAAUGAAGCGCAAUCCCAAACCUUCAAUUUCUAAUGGUUCUUCUUCGAUUCUUCUCUACUACCUUCCGUUCUAUUAUUUUCAUUUAUCAUGUUUUUGGGUUCCUUUAAUUUUGAUAUCUUGUUGUUGCUACCCUUUCAUAUUUGAAGUAUUUUCCGAGAAUUUUGUUCCUUAGAGAAUCGAUUUUGUUUGUUAACUCUAUUCUUAAUCAUUUCAUUCUGCCUCUAAUGUAUUUAAGUUAUUAUUGUGGUUAUGUUCGAAUUCGUUCUCGAUGGGUUCCUUUCUGGCUGAUUAUACCUCGACUUCUUUUAAUUAAUGAAUGUUUGACGGUGUAUUAGUUUUUGCUCUCACAGAAUUCUUUGUUGAUUUUAACGUAAUUUGGUAUAUUCCAUAAUGAGAAGUCUGAAGUGAUCAAUCUUGUACAUGGUCCCUUAAGAUAAUAAUGUCCAUAAAUCCUUCAUGAACAUUCCCUUAUAGAUAGUAGCCGAUGGAAGAGAUCAAAAGUUGGAGAUCUUGAUUGUGAUAGACCUUUGACAAGCAGAAGAGAUUCUUCUCCCAUAUCCUUGAAAGAAAGACAUGUUACAUACCGUGAGUUUUCCACAUUACCCAACUCUCAAUUGCAGUUUCCUGCAGUAGCGAGCUAUUGGAGGCUCCCAGUAUUAUCAAUUCUCUUUGUCCUUUGUUCUUUUUUGAGUUUCAUUCUAGUUAAGUUUCUUAUUGUCUUAAUGCAUGACCCAUUAAAUAGUUGAAAUGUGGAUAUAUUUUCUUUUAUGGGUGCAAUGAACAGCAAAUAAUGCAAAAACUUCUGAGUUUGCAUUUUUUAAGAAGUUCAGGGAAGAUGCAAACCAUAGAUUCAGUUCAUCUCUUCCACGUCAAAAGGAACUUCAAUCAAAGAAUUUCAACACGAGCGAUAGUUUCAGAGAGAGAGCAAACCCUGUUGAAAACCGCUGUAAAGACUUCACAUCACAUCAUCUUGUUGAGAACGUCACUCCUGUUAACUUUAACUCGAUGCAUUUACCUCUGAGCAAUUCAUCCAAAAUUUCAGAGGUAGAUGUGAAACACACUCAUAAAACAUUGAAGGAUAUAGAGAGCAAACAGAGCAACGUGGAAAAUGAUGAUAUUUUUAGUAGGAAGAGGCAGAAAUUACGUCAGUUCAUUCAGAAUAUGUCGUUCCAUGGAGCUGGUGAAUCAUAUGAGAAGGGGUCAGACUCGCCUUUAUCUUUUGUUUCAUCGUCUUUCUGGCUGCAACUAUGUAGUUUUUUUUUAUACUUGUCCAGGUACGGUGUUGUUUCCAUGCUACUUAGCCGGCUUAUACCUGAUAGCAAUCAGUGUAAGUUUAAUAAUAGCUUGGAAAAACUACAAAGGUUGCCUGGAAGGUGCUGUCCAAGGCUUGAUUAUGAGCAUCAUUUGAAUAAUAGUUCAUCACCAUGUCGUUUGAAUGAAUCGAGAGGAAGAGUUUUUUCCCAUUCUGAUUUCUCAACCAAUAGCGAUGAUAACAAUUUCCAAGAUUACAGAACCAAGGAGUUUGACUGUGAUGUAGAAACAAAAAUGACUUUGCUGGAUGUCAAUGUUUCACCUCUUACUGCUGCAGUUGAUAACUAUAGAUCACUUAUUUCCAGCCUUUUCAAACCGCAAUAUGGUUUGUAUGAUCAAGGUGAACAUUUGUACCUAAGAAAGCAAGAGCUAGAACCUCUUCUGCUAGGUUGGGAUACCGACAACAUAAAAGAUGUAAGCUUUUCUUCUCAACUUACAGAGUUGAACACAUUUGCCGAGUUACCAAUUACCUUCGCUGAUGAUCAUCAGCCGAACUUGCACAAGAGUUUUGGUGCUGUUGCGCUAUGUUCAUCCCCUUUCCCUUCCAGUAAUCGUAGAAACUUGUACUCAUUGCCAUACUCCAGUUUAGCCAGCUAUCAAAUCCGUGGAUUAAGUUGGCAUAAUGUUGAAAAGGAGGAAGAUAUAGAUGCCACUUUCAACAACAUGCAUUUGAAUUUCUCAUCUGUACCCAAAUGCCUUCGUCAGUGUGAUAACUAUGUCAACGACGAAGGCAGCCGUGACUUCUGUGCACAAAGUGCUGAUUGGGUUAUGAAUAAUGUGUUGGAUGACAAACACCAAAAUCCUUCUGUAGAAAGUCUGUGUGCUUCUGACAUCGUCUUUGAUUUUGGACGGAAAUAUCUCUCAGGCUCAAAGGAGCAAUGCCAAACAGCUUAUCAUAUACUUCAGUACCCACCUGAUGAAAUGAACCUAUAGCCCUUGUCAAUGAAGAAUGUAAUAAUGACAGUUCAGAUGAUGUCCUCGCAGAUUAUUGGCUGCCCUUCUUUAUCCAACCUGAGUCAUUCUUUCAAGAAGGGAAGGUAUGCUCCAUAGUGGCUGAUAAACUUAGCUGGGAUGCAGCCAGAAGUGAAAUAAAUGUUGAUAUAACUGAAAUGAAUUGCAUAUUAUAGCAGGUUCAAUUUAUAAUUGUUCCUUU